AUGCCGCCGAAGAAGCGGAAGACGGAAUCGCCCGCGGCGCCGGCCUCGGGUGCCGCGCGGACGCGUCGGCGCGGCCCGAGUCGCGAGGAUCUGGCGUCCGAAGUCGGCACCGCGGACGACGACGCGACGACGACGACGACGACGACGACGACGACGACGACGACGACGACGCGCGCGCUCGGCGUCGUCGGGUCCGCGUCCUGGUCCGCGUCGGACGCGUGGGAGGAUCAAGCGCGUCGACUUCGCGACGCGCCGCUCGGCGUCCUGCACGCGAACGUCAGCCUCGGAUGGAGCCCCGACGGCGGGAGAGGGCUCGUCGCGGUCGCGCCGAUCCCUGCCGGGGCGAUCCUCUUUCGCGUGCCGCCGUCGCGGACGCUCACCGCGGCCGCGGCGCUCGAGUCGGAGACCGGGAAGGCGCUCCUCGCGGCGAUCGACGCGUCGCCGACGAAGAAGACGCGCCUCCCCGUCGGCGACCUCGCGCUCGCGGUGCGCGUCGCGCUGAGCACGCGCGCUUUCGGGGGGAAGCACGUCUGCGUCGACGACGCGUCGCCGUUUCGCGGCUACUUCGCCCUCCUCGCGGACGAACCUCUGGACGAAUCCCCGGUGUGGUGGGACGAGGACGAGCGCGAGCGGCGGCUGCGAGGGUCCAUGCUGCUCCACGACGCGGUCGCGCUCGCGGCGGACGUGCGCGCGGAUUACGAGGGCGUCGUCGAGGGCGUUAUGCGAGACGCGGAGAAGACGCCCGCGAGAAGAGACGUAGACGUAGACGCCGCGGGAAACCGCCGCGCCGCCGAAAGAUUUACUCGAACGAAGACGGGAAAUUACGAGCGCUUCCGACGCGCGCUCGCGGCGAUAUGGUCGCGGUCGUUCAACGUCGGCGGCGUGCGGGGUCAGACCCAGACGGACGAGGACGAGUCCUUCGCCGGCGCGCUCGUGCCGUUGCUGGACUGCGCGAACCAUCACAGGAAACCGAGGGAGUGCUCGUGGACGAUCGACGAGGACGGGUGCGUCCUCGUCGUGGCGAUCAGGGCGUUCGACGCGGGCGGCGCCAUUCGCAUCGCGUACGGCGCGCGAGGGAACCACGACCUGAUGCUUCGGUACGGGUUCGCGGUGGAGGAUAACACCGAGCCGGACGGGUCGUCGAACGACGUCGCGGGCGUGUUCGUCGACAAAACGCCGUUGGGGUAUAAUUUAGGCGUCAGGGUCGACUUGAGGGUCGCGCGGGACGCGUCGUAUCUCUAUCCGCCGUUCGCGAAAGCGUUGGACGCGUGGCGCGCCGUCUACGGCGGCGGCGGCGGCGGCGGCGCGUGGGGUCCCCCGCCCGGCGACGUCGAGGAGGACGUGUACGGGUGCGCGGGCGACGGAGGAGACGACGAUGACGACUGGGGCGACAUGUACGGCGACGGCGGCGAGGAUGAUGAAGAGGAGGAAGAGGAGGAGAAGCUGACCGAGGAGACGUUGCGGGCUGAAAUCGAAGCGCUGACUGAAUUCCGGACGAUUCGCGCCGCCGGAAUGGGAUAUCCCUGCUGGCUUCACGUCUCCGACGUCUUGAAGCAAACGCCAGAAGGCGCGAAGCUGGAGGACCCCCGCGAUCGAGCGUGCUUCGUCGCUCUGGUGAGCGAGCACGCGACGUGCGAGCUCUACGCGCGCGCGGCGGGAUGGGCGCGCGAAGCGAUCAAGCUCGCGUUGAGCGGCGAACGAUGGACCGAGUCGCCGCUGCUCGCGCUCGAGAAGAAGCUCGGCGUCGCACUGAAGGAACUGGCACCGCGUUUCGACGGCGAUUGGAAGAGUAGUCGGUGUUGGAUGUAUCCGGCACAUUUCGAGGACGCCAAGAUUCAUCCGAUUUGGCGGGAGGCGCGAGCGCGCGCGUUGGACCCGGCGAACGUGAAGACGCUCGUGUCGGCGUACUUAAAAAUUCGCCUCGGCGCGAGGCUGGAGGAGUAGCGUCCGCGGAGCGGAGGUCGUCUGCAUAUGGUAGUUUUAGUAUUACAUCAACCAUCUUAU